AUGGAAGGGGAUCUGAUUUACCGUGCUUUAUCCGUCCUAUUAGUGGCGGUCAUUCACGUGUUUUUGGCUGCAGAAGGACAAGACAUACCAGUGUUUUUCUUCAGUAAAAAUCCCCAAAACAAGGAUGUAGUGGAAGGUACAGAGACUCGCCUUCAGUGUGACGUUUCUGAUAGGACCCAUAUACGUUUUCAUUGGACGCUCGAUGGCAAACCCCUGACAAAUACGAGUCGGAGGUUUCAGGAGGAUAGUAACUUGAGGAUUUUACGUGUGCUGAGGGGUGAGGACGAAGGGGCGUUUCGUUGUAUCGCCACAACCAAUGUCCCCACAGCCUAUUCUAUAGUCAGCCAAGAGGCAUCUUUAAAUAUACAAUGGAUUGAUGAGACGGCAGAAGUCCAGCUUAGACGACCCAAAACAAAAGCCGAACUCGUACCCGGCACAGAGAUGAUGUUGCGAUGUCAUGUGACUGGAAAUCCCGAGCCCUCAUAUUUAUGGUAUCGUAAUAAGUUCAGAAUAUUUCCGAAUGACCGCAUAAAAAUCCUGGACGAGGGAAGUAGGUUACGAAUUACAGAGUUAUCUGCGCGGAACAAUGGCGUCUACUCCUGCCGUGCGGAGAAUGUGGCUGGUCCACGCGACAGCUCCGUCAAUCUGCUCCUGAAUCUUAAAGCUUCAGGGACACCUCAUCUCAAAGAGACAAACUUUACUCAAGAACUUCUUGUACAACGAGGGGGAUCCGCCAUGUUAGAUUGUCCAUUCUCGGAUGCUACACGUGUUGACUGGUACUCAAAUUAUGAAAAACUCACCAACAACACAAGACAUAUAAUUUACAGCAAUGGAUCAAUAUUCUUCCCGAAGGUGCGUCCUGCAGAUGAGGGCAGCUAUAGGUGUGAAGGAUUGAGCAGGGCCGGCCGAGACAACAACCAGGCCUUCUCCGUCGACCUGGGAUUAGCUAGUCUAGAAGAGUUUGGCUGGAACUCGUUUGAGCCACGUCUUCGUCCAAACUUCCCAGUGGUUGUUCCAGUUAAUCAGAAAUUCCAGAUUAAGUGCUUCCCUCCAAAUGGCAAGCCUGAGCCCACAUUAAGAUGGCUGGACAGAAAUGGUAUUCAGGUAGGAGGGACAGGGAAAAUCUAUGCACAGGAUAACAGUUUGGUGUUUGAAAAUGCUCAGCAGAUUGACUCUGGAAAUUACACAUGUAUUGCGAACAACAUGGCGGGCGAGAAACGCAAGACAGUGUGGAUCAUUGUGUCAGUGCCUCCUAUUGUGACCAAAGCUCCUCAACCCACCCAUGUAGAAGAGGAGCAAACAGUCAAGUUCCAGUGUCAGUUCACGGGAACCAGAUACCCGGUCACCAUGAUCACGUGGACCAAGGACAACAACAUCAUUAACCCGAUUGAAUACCCCCGCCACAGAAUGGAUAUGGCCACUGGACUGCUGGAAAUCUUCAAUGCUCAGAUGUUGGAUGCUGGGAAUUAUGCUUGUCUUGUUAACACAACAGGCCAUCCAGUGGCUCCUUCCAGCAGCGCCUACCUCACUGUCAAACGAAAACUCAAAUUCCGACCAGUUCCAUCUAACCAAUAUCUUGAACUACAUUCCAAAAGUACGAUCCAGUGCCAGGCAGAAGCUGAAAUGCCGCCCACGAUUAGGUGGCUACGCGACCAGAAAUUUGAGUUUCCCGACCAUGUACAGGAUAUUGAUGGCAUGUUAUUGUUUAACGGCGUAGAGAGAGAGGACGCAGGCUUGUACACCUGUGUAGCUCACAGCCCUCAUCAAGGCUUCAUUAACACAACCAUUCAAGUGGAAGUUGUAGUCAAGCCUGUGUUCCAAGUUAGUCCCAAGAACAGGACGGUUAAGGAGGAACAGUCCCUGAUGAUGCACUGCCUGGCAGUGGGGGAGCCUAAGCCCACAGUGGUCUGGGACAGGAACAGCCGUACGAAUGCCUGGGACAGUACCAGAUUUGAGGUCUUACCUAAUGGUACCCUGUCGGUGAAGAAAGUGUUACUGGAAGACAAAGGGAAGUAUGGGUGUACUGCCAACAACAGUGGCGGAGUGGUACGUGUGGAGGCGUACUUAGAUGUGGCCAGUGCCUCAGAAUACAGACAUAAGCUGCUCAAAGAGGCUGAGUCGGCUAACGAUGGUAUGUUACCUGGCGGGGGUGUUGGAGGUAUGGGCAUGAUGAAAACAGUUAUCAUCGCAGUGUGCAGCGCAGGUGCCUACCUGGCCUUGGUAAUCGGCCUGACAGCGUUCUGCAGUUACCGGUUACUUAUGCAGCGGCGCACCAGGAAGGCAAUGACAGGUAAAGGAGAAAAUGGCGAGCUGGCCAGAGAGCAGAUGGAGUUGUUGCACAAGGAGAAUGACCGCGAAUCAACCACUCAGGUGAAAAGUGACAGCGAGAACAGGUCCCACAUCUCGGGGAUGAGCUCGCAGCCAUCCCACUCCUCCCAGUCCCAGUCACGUAGUCGCCGAGGCAGCUAUGACCGGCUACAGUUUCCAAGGCAUGAUCUCCAUACCAUUGGAAUGUUAGGAAAAGGAAUUUAUGGAAAUGUGUUCCUGGCCAAGGCUCAAGGAAUAAAGGAUGGAGAAGCAGAAACUUUGGUCGUUGUCAAAUCCCUUCUGACAAAAGAUGAACAUAUAUUCUUUGAGUUCCGCCAAGAAAUGGACAUGUAUUCACGUCUGGAGAACCCAAAUGUGGUCAAGUUACUGGGCGUGUGUAGAGAAGCGGAGCCACAGUUCAUGAUGACAGAGUAUUGUGAUUGGGGAGAUCUGAAGCAGUUUUUAUUGGCCACAAGGCAGGACAAUGGGAAAUCCAUGGCCAGAGUCCCACCUCUUACCACGCAUCAAAAACUUAACAUUUGCAAGCAGGUUGCCUUGGGAAUGGAGCACUUAUCAAAUUACCGCUUUAUUCAUAAAGAUCUGGCAGCCAGAAAUGUGCUACUGACUUCGCGGCUGGAUGUUAAAAUCUCCAGUCUGUCUCUGUGUCAGGAUAUAUACGCGUCCGAGUACUACCUGUACCAUCAGGCCCUGAUCCCACUACGCUGGAUGGCGCCAGAGGCUGUGCUUGAAGAUGACUACUCCACCAAGAGCGACGUCUGGUCAUACGGCGUCUUCGUGUGGGAGGUGUUUCACUCAGGGGACCUCCCCCACAAGAGCAGGACAGACGAGGAGGUGCUAAAGGGCAUGCGGGCUGGAGAUGUCAGCCUGGAGAUCGGGGACCACUGCCCAGAGGAAGUAACCGAUCUCAUCCGCAAAUGUACAAUAGAAGGCCCUAGAGAGAGACCCAUGUUUGGAGAAAUCUGUAUUAUACUCUCAGACAUUAUGAUGGACAACUGCAGUGUCAUUAACAGCGUCUAAGAUGAAACUAUGAGACUGUUUGGAUGGAGAGGAAAGACUGAAAAGCUCACACUGUGGAACUCUGUAGGGCUGAUGAAUGUAUGAAACUUUGUUAACAAUCUGUGGACUCCGUGGUAAGACAUGUUCUACACUGGAGAGGAGGGUCCUGAGAGGGAGGAUUUGUGUAGAGGUAUAAUGUGGAUAACAUUGUGUGUGUCAUCAUCCCUUAUCUUUAGCUCCAUCCCAGGGGGUAUUUAUAAUACUGUUGCAAGUCGAAUUGCAAGCGUUAAUGAAUUGUGAAAAAAUAUUUGGAAGAGCUGAUUAAUUAAAUGAUCUUGCCAAUAUGAAGCCAAAUGCAACCUGCCUGGUGUGAAGGGAAGGCUUGAAGAUUUCCUGGAGUCAUCCAAGCCUUGGGUUCUCCAUGUGAUGGAUAGAAUUCAGUCCAGUCAUGAUGAAGUCAUUGUGAAGUCAUUAUGAUGUCAUUGUGAAGUCAAGUUUCAGACUUCCAACCCAUGAUGCAUGUUACAGGAGUUCUGGUCAUAUGUGAUGAUGCCAGUAUAUAAUCAAUGAUCGUGCUAACAGAAUCUGUGUUAACAUUACAAUCUUUAACACUGUGAUUUAUAAUUUUCAGUUUUUUUUUGCAUUUUGAAACAAUUCUACCCAGACUUCAGGAAAUGUGUCCAUCUUUCCCUUCAUACCAUAUGCUCGAUUAAAGGGUAAAAUUAAAUCUUAGGUUUAUAUUUAAUGUCGAUAGUAUUUUUCUUGUACAGAAAGAACAGUUUAUUGCUAAUGAAUUAUGAUAAUAAGAAGUGUAUGUGUUCAUGUUUUUGCUACCACUUCUUGUUACACUUCUAUGUAUUUAGUGUAAAGGGCUAUGUGGUAAUAUUUCUAUUAUGGCUGCCCUAACAUGUUGAUAUAUCUUCCCCAUUUUGUGAAACCAAACCACUCUAUAUGUACGUGUAAAGGGAACUGUUCCCUUGUGGACAGUAGAUUGUUGGGGCUUUAGUGUUACGUGAAGGUAGAAUCGUAUAAUAUUUGCUUUUGGAUGCUUGUUAAAAAGCAGAGUGUUUUACACAGUGAUAAUAACUGGGCAUUUGGAAAUAUUUUCCAUUGCCCUAAGUGAUGUUUAAAGACGAGAAUUGUAGGGUCAGAUGACGUGUCACGAAUUUAGACAGUGCUAGUAUAAAGUUUUACAGUCCUCCCAGUCAGUAUAAACAAUUAUUGUAGCUUGUUCACAAUUUACUCAUUCUGAUUUUACAAUGGAGCCUCUCAUUUUGUGUAUGCACCUGUGUAAAUCAUGGCAUCAUCCAUCAUAUCUCAUUACAUUUGAAGUCAAAGGGUAUUUAUAUAUUAGUUCUUGUGAUGAGUCAGAUGUACUGUCUGUUUGCGUCUUGUUCCUUGAAGCACACUGCCAUUCACAAGCUCUGGAUUUGCACCACAAAACAUUAUUGUUAACAAUAGCUGCAUUCUGAAACUGCAAAACUGGAAUCAAAAAAUGUAAAUUGUCUUCGUGUAUUUUUCUUAGAAACUCUUGAUUUACUGCAGUGUUGGUAACGUUGGUGAUUAAUAUUAUGAGUUUGUCCCCAACAGCUGCAUAUCCUCUGUUACAUGUGAUUGACCAAAUACCAGAUUGAUCCCGGCAUUAACGGCAUGCUAUGCUUCCUUUGCACAUGGUUACAAAGGCUACACUCAGUCUGGUUCAACACAGAGACAAUCAGAGAAAUGCUUUUCAAAAUAACAUGAUACCUUCAUAAAGAAAACAUGUGUCACUAUUUUUAGGAACUUGAAAUAACUGCUAUUAUCGUCUUCCUCAAACAGACCCUACCAGUUGUGCCGCGAAUCAUCCAUCAUGGUAGUGAUAUAUACCCCUUUUUGUAAUAUUCUAUGCAAAACGUGCUGAGUACCUACGAAACAAAAAAAAAAACAAAAAAACAAUAUGAGUAUAAUAAUAUGUGCAUUUUUUCCAUCAUUCAAUAAUUCCACAAUGAAUAUUGUAAAGUAUGAUAAGGUGGAAGAGCAUAUUACAAAUAGGUAGUUUCUGGAGAGUUCAUGGAAAACAGCUGAGUAUUCUUGUAUUUAUUGGCAUGCAAGACAGUCUGGUCGCAUGGGACUGUCUUGAUGCAAGUCUUCUUAACGUAUACAGUGUAGAAGUACCACACCAUGUUAUGGUUUGGAUACGGUAGUCUAAUCAUGCUAGUCCCAAGGAUUAGACGACUUCAGUGAUUCUUUGCUGGAAACAAGGACAUACAUUUACCAGACGAAUCACGCUGGUAUCACCAACCCCAGACAUACUAUUCGUGUUGUUGCCAAUGAUAUUUGGGAUAAAUUAUUAUUUAUCAAGUAUCUUACAGAAUUGAAACAUACAAAGUUUGGAAUAUUGACUGAAUCAUUUGUUGUCCAGGACAUUGAGUGAAUUAUUGAUUAGCUGGGGCCUCAUGCAAUUUGCAUAAACUUUUCUGCAUUAAGAUCUGAUAACACGAUCAUCAGAUAAAUCGUCAUGUGUUGAAAACCUAAGUUAGAAGGCGAAUCGCCAUGUUCAAGGUUGGUGACGUCGAAUGAAUCUUUAAGUGUCCAGGGUUGCGAUAUCCAACGAAUCUUGAUGUACUGAGGUACAGGGGAGGAUAAAAGAAGAUUGUCACAAGGGCUGUGUCCAGAUUUUGAGCUUACCUUCCGUUUCAUCAUUAGCCUAUAAUGAUGCACAGAAGUGGUAAAACUGUAGGUUGACGAACCUACGCAACUCAAUGCUUAUUUAGUGUGAAAAAACAGGGUCAUUGCUUUUUUUAUUAUUCAAUCGGAUCAUGUAUAUUGUUGAUACAGACUGUAAAUCGUGUUUCCAAGGCAACUUCUGGUAUUUUACCCGAAUAUUUAUGUUGUCUUGGUAACCUGAUUCUCAGUCCGUAUGGUAUGUUGUUAUUUUUUUAUUUUGUUAUACAUGUGUCACGUGUGUGUAUAUGUAAACUAUUGUAGGUGUAAGUUAAAACUCUGACUUUUAAAGAGUUUUAUUCUGCAAUAAAAUUCUGUUGUAAGAAAAAACUUCUGUAAUUAUAUAUGUAAAGUGUACAAUUCCUUGUGACAGUCCUUUGUCAGCUUUUUGUG